AUGCUAUUAUCACCUUUGGAACUACCAACCGUAACCAGCGGCUGGGAGCUCCACGGCACUAGCCGCGGCGGCGAUGGCAGCGGGGCGCUGGUAUGGAACGACGCCCUGCCGUUACCGGCCUUAGGGCCCACUGACAUCCUAGUACGCCUGCACGCCUGGGCAAUCAACUACCCAGACACCUCGAUCGCAAACGGCACCUUCCCCUGGUCGUAUCUUGAGGAGGGGGAGACCAAGGUUCCCGGGGAAGACGGGGUCGGCGAAGUGAUUGUACACCUUCCGGCGCCACGCUGUCCCCCCCCUGCCCAAGCCCUAACCUGUAUGCCCACCAACCUCACCUACGCCGAGGCCGGCACCCUACCUUGCUCGGCGCUAACCGCGUGGAACGCGCUGCAUGGUCUUACCCCGCUCAAGGCAGGGGCCGCAGUCCUCACGCAGGGCACGGGCGGUGUCGCGCUCUUCGCCGUCCGCUUCGCCCUCGCCGCCGGCGCGACUGUUAUCGCCACCACCUUGUCGAGUGAAAAGGCGGAUCGUCUGCGGGAGAUGGGCAUACAGCAUGUCCUCAACUACCGCGAGGAUCCGGACUGGGGCGAGAGUGCGCGGCGACUGCCGCGUGAGGGACUGGGAUGCGCCCGGGUCAUCGAGGUCGGCGGCCCGCAGACCAUCGCGCAGUCGUUCCAGUGCGUCGCCCGCGGCAGCGAGAUGGAUGUCAUCGGGUUUCUCGGAGGCCAGGAUGGGGAUGGCGGGCCCUCGGUCUUGGGGCCGCUGCUGUGGGCGUGUAUCGUGCGCGGCAUCGAAGUCGGUAACCGCAUCCAGUUCGAGGAAAUGAACCGCGCCAUCGAGGCGUUCAAUAUCCGGCCCGUGGUGGACGAGCGGGUCUUUGGGUUUGCCGAGUUGAAGGAUGCGUAUGCGCAUGUGUGGAAUCGGCGGGUAUUUGGGAAGGUGGUGCUUACUGAGCAGGUGAGGGAGUGGUAG